AUGACCCCCUGGUUCUUGAGCGGAAAUUUCGAACCGAUACAGCGCCAACGGGAACUGACGUCUUGUCCCUAUACGGGCAAGAUUCCUGAGGAGCUCGCGGGCGGCCAAUAUGUACGAAAUGGCGGCAACCCCCAGCAGAUGCCCAGGGAGACAGAGCGCUCGCACUGGUGGGAUGGAGAUGGCAUGCUCUCUGGGGUUUACUUCAACCAAACAGACGACCACGACAGCAAGCUGCAGCCUCAGUUUGUCAAUCAGUACCUCCUGACCGACGUAUACCUUGCCGCCAAAUCCAUGCCUUCGGUCUGUUCGCCCAUGGUGCUGAGCUUGAGUGUUAUGCUCGACCCGUAUAUCUCAAUCUUUGCCUUCUUGUGCGAGUUGAUGCGAUGUGCGGUCUUGGUUCUUUGGUCGCACAUCAGCCCCAUGGUGCCAGCCAUUCGUAAUCUCAGCGUUGCAAACACAUCCCUCUCUUUCCACGAUGGAAGAGCACUCGCCCACUGUCAAAGCGGUCCGCCGCUCAGAGUACUCCUACCUACUCUGCAAACGGUCGGCUGGUUCAAUGGUGCAUCAGCGGAAGGUGAGCCCGAGACGCACUCUUCGUUCGAAGAAGUCAUCGGCGGCAGGGGGCCUUUGGCGUUCUUAAAGAAUUGGACAACAUCUCAUCCCAAGGUCGAUCCCGAUAGUCAGCAAAUGGUCACCUUUCAAUCCUCUUUCCUCCCACCCUUUGUCUGGUACUCAGUUCUCCCUGAUUCAGACCACGGCAGUGAAAAAGCUCCGCUGUCCCAAACAAAAUUGAUCAACCAGCCCAUUCCGGGGAUCGCGAGCCCCAAGCUCAUGCACGACUUUGGCGUAUCUGGAUCACAUACCAUUAUUCUAGACCUCCCCCUAUCCUUGAAUCCAUUGAACACAAUCAAGGGCAAGCCUCCGGUGCAGUACAACCGACAUUCGCCAUCCCGGUUUGGAAUCUUCCCGAGAUUUCAGCCACAGAACAUACGAUGGUAUGAGACCGACGCAUGUCUCAUCUUCCAUACCGCCAAUACUUGGGACGAGGUAGAAACCUCUCCCUAUUCCAAAGAAAGUGCAAGAGUGGUGAACAUGCUAGCCUGUCGCACCACGACACCCGCGGUGCUUUAUACCUCCUCGUCAUCUUCAAACUCAGUGGGCGCAGAGCUUCUUGAACAAGGACACGAUGCAUGCAGGCUCUACUACUACUCCUUCAACAUUUCCGAUUCCAUCAAUAACCAGAUCAUGCACGAGUGGGCCCUGUCCGCCAUUCCGUUUGAAUUCCCAACAGUGUCACCGAAUUACGAGAUGAGAGAUGCGCGCUUCGUGUACGGGUGUUCCACUACGGACUCGAAAUCGAGCGCGAGUAUUGGACAGGGUGUUAAAGUCAAUUGUCUUGUCAAAAUGGACGUGCAGAGGUUAAUUCAAAAAGGCCGGGAGACAUCGACAGCCCCAAUCGUGGGAUGUGUCGAUACACGGAAUAUAGAUGAAGUCAUCGCCAGCAAGAUAGUGGACGAUCCGAUCCAGGUAUUCCAGGCUCCAAAGGGGUGGUAUACUCAAGAAGCGUCUUUCGUCCCGCGUCAACAUGCCACGCGCGAGGACGAUGGAUUUCUACUGGCCUUCAUGUUCGAUGAAUCUCAACUCCAUCACGAUCGGAGCUGUCCAUUAAAUGCCCGCAGUGAACUGUGGGUGAUUGACGCUCUUGACAUGGAAACGGUUGUUACACGAAUCUUGCUUCCUCAGAGAGUGCCCUAUGGCUUCCACGGUCAUUGGUUCUCUCGUGGGGAUAUUGAAAGACAGCGUGCUGUGGCCUCAUUGCGGAGAGAUACCACAUGA